AUCCUCGACAAAACGAUCCUGUUUUCCAGCGUCGGCUGUUCCCUUCCCGAGUACCCAGUAUACAUAAUAGUAUAAGAGGGAACAUCAAAUUAGAGCCCUUGGAUUUGAGUGGUCCAGCCAUCCGGUUAGUUUUCAACGAAGGGAACGAAACUGUCCCAGUGAAGCUGGUGCCGACCAUUCGGGGGGCAGUAGAGUUCUGCAACGAAUGGAUGAGGGAAGAUCUCACUCACCUUUCUGAUUGGUGGGACGGUGACCUCAGCAAUGAAAAGAAAAGCUUCAUCCGGAAGGUACAAGCCCUUAAAGAAGUGGGGCCUGAGCUUGUCCCAAAGGCAGGAUUCUGGAGGUUGUCUUUCAGCUGUGCUGAAGAGAUGGUCCUUAAGGAAGUCGACGCCGAUGGAGGGCAGAGGCGGGCAGCUUUACGACUGCUUAAGUUUGUUAACAAGACUAGGUGGACCCCGGAGUAUGGCAAACUUUUGACUUCCUACCAUCUUAAGACCGUUUUACUGUGGUGCUGUGAGAUCCAUCAUGGCAAAGAAGACUGGGAGACUCUGCUGUCCUCUCUAAAGACCCUUCUGGGGCUGCUGAAACACACCCUGGUGAAGAAACACCUCCCUCAUUACUUCCUACACCCUCUCAAUCUCUUCAACAAGCAGUACAAAAUCAGCAACCACAUCCACCAGCCCUUGUCCUUGGAGGUCCUCGCCCAUGAGGUGUCAGCCAUGCUGGCGGACGCCACGGCCUAUCUUGUCCCAGGCCACAAAUCAGCAGGUUGCUCGGUCAACCAAGACUAUGAAGAGAAAACCGCAGCUCUCCGAGAGUUUAAAGAAAGACAUCAGGAAGAACUGAGAGAGCUGAAGAGAAUGGAAGAUGAACGUAUGUAUGAGGAAGUGGAAACCACUGAAGAAAAAACCCUGUGAGGUCCCUUCGGGAACAAACUGCUUUAUACUGCCAUGAAUUCUGGCUUUGUUCCCAGGCCUGUGGAUAAUUAUUUUGGAAGUUUGGAGGGAAUACGUGAUUCAGUUUGUGUCAUUUCUAGAUUAUUUUAGUCCAAGCUGUGAAUGUGAUUUUAGCUUUUAAUCUCUUCUUAUGGGUUUUUGGGAGGCGAGGGGAUUGUAUGCUGCU